ACUUAGGCUUGGAGCGUCGCCGCCGGGCUCUCCGCAGACUGAGUCCGGGUCCCCGCGGCCGCUGUCUGCAGUCUUCUUUUCCCGCCAGCUCUGCUCCGGUCUGAGCCCGACGUCCUCCGUGCGUGUCUGGAUAGCACGGAGCCUGUGGUCAUGAAGCCAGCGAAAGCUAAGAUGCCGAGGAAACCUGUAAUAAAAAAAGGAUCUCAGUCAAACCUUAAAGAUCCAGUUGGGGUGUACUGUAGGGUGCGCCCACUGAGUUUCCCUGACCAAGAGUGCUGUGUAGAAGUGGUCAAUAGUACAACUGUGCAGCUCCAUACUCCGGAGGGUUACCGGCUCAACAGAAAUGGAGACUAUAAGGAGACGCAGUAUUCAUUUAAGCGGGUAUUUGGCAUUCAUACAACUCAGAAGGAACUCUUUGAUGUUGUGGCUAGUCCAUUGGUAGAUGACCUCAUUCACGGCAAAAAUGGUCUUUUGUUUACAUACGGUGUGACAGGAAGUGGAAAAACGCACACAAUGACAGGGUCUCCAGGGUAUGGAGGACUGCUUCCUCGUUGUUUGAAUAUGAUCUUUAACAGCAUAGGGUCAUUUCAAGCAAAACGUUACGUUUUUAAGUCUAACGAUAGGAACAGCAUGGAAAUACAGUGUGAGGUUGAUGCGUUAUUGGAGCGCCAGAAAAGAGAAGCUAUGCCCGUUCCAAAGACCCCCUCUAACAAGCGGCAAGCAGAUCCAGAAUUUGCAGAUAUGAUAAAUGUACAAGAAUUCUGCAAAGCAGAAGAAAUUGACGAAGACAGUGUCUAUGGUGUUUUUGUCUCUUACAUUGAAAUCUAUAACAAUUACAUAUAUGAUCUAUUGGAAGAGGUUCAGCUUGAUCCCAUAAAGCCCAAACUCCCACAGUCUAAAAUACUCCGAGAAGAUAAGAACCACAAUAUGUAUGUUGCAGGAUGCACAGAAGUGGAAGUGAAAUCUACGGAAGAAGCUUUUGAGGUUUUUUGGAGAGGUCAGAAAAAAAGACGUAUUGCAAACACCCAUUUGAAUAGAGAAUCCAGCCGGUCACAUAGUGUGUUCAGCAUUAAGCUCGUCCAGGCUCCCCUUGAUGCUGAUGGAGAUAAUGUCUUACAGGAAAAAGAACAAAUUACCAUAAGCCAGUUGUCUCUGGUAGAUCUUGCUGGAAGUGAAAGAACCAACCGCACUAAAGCAGAAGGGAACAGAUUACGUGAAGCUGGUAACAUUAAUCAGUCACUAAUGACACUAAGAACAUGCAUGGAAGUCCUGAGAGAGAACCAGACAUAUGGAACUAAUAAGAUGGUUCCAUAUCGAGAUUCAAAACUAACUCAUCUGUUCAAGAACUACUUUGAUGGGGAAGGGAAGGUGCGGAUGAUUGUAUGUGUAAAUCCAAAGGCUGAAGACUAUGAAGAAAGCUUGCAAGUCUUGAGAUUUGCUGAAGUAACUCAAGAAGUUGAAGUAGCAAGACCAGUAGAUAAGGCGAUAUGUGGCUUGACACCAGGGAGACGAUACAGAAACCUACCUCGGGGUGGCCCAGUUGGAGAUGAACCUUUGGUGACUGAAGUGAUUCUGCAGAGUUUCCCACCACUGCCUCCGUCCAAGCUUUUGGAUAUCAAUGAUGAGGAGACCCUUCCAAAGCUGAUCGAAGCUUUGGAGAAACGACAUCACCUACGUCAACUAAUGACAGAGGAGCUUAACAAACAAUGUAUGAACUUCAAAGCCUUAUUAAAAGAAUUUGACAGUUCUCUUCUAAAUAAAGAAAACUACAUCCAGGAAAAACUAAAUGAAAAAGAAAAAUUGAUUUCAGGGCAGAAAUCGGAAAUAGAACGACUGGAGAAGAAAAACAAAACUUUGGAGUACAAGAUUGAGGUUUUGGAGAAAACAACCACUAUCUAUGAAGAAGAUAAGCGCAAUCUGCAGCAGGAGCUCGAGAGCCAGAAUCAGAAGCUUCAGCGGCAGUUUUCUGACAAGCGCAGAUUAGAAGCCAGGUUGCAAGGCAUGGUGACAGAAACAUCGAUGAAAUGGCAGAAGGAAUGUGAGCGUCGGGUGGCAGCCACCCAGCUGGAGAUGCAGAAUAAACUCUGGGUCAAAGAUGAAAAGCUCAAACAGCUAAAGGCUAUUGUGACUGAACCUAAACCCGAGAAGCCAGAGAGACCUUCCCGGGAGCGGGACCGGGAAAGGAUCCUUCCUAGAUCCGUCUCUCCUUCGCCUGUGCCUCUUUCUAGUAACAAUAUUGCUCAGAUUUCCACCGGCCAGCAACUCAUGAGCCAGCCACAGCUACACAGGCGCUCUAACUCUUGCAGCAGCAUUUCUGUAGCUUCCUGUAUUUCGGAAUGGGAGCAGAAACUAUCUCCGUUCAGCACACCUGUCAAUGUCACCUCUCUUGCAAGGCAUAGGCAGCAGGAGCCAGGACAAAGUAAAACGUGUAUCGUGUCAGACAGAAGGCGAGGGAUGUACUGGACGGAAGGCAGGGAGAUGGUCCCUACAUUCAACAGUGAGAUAGGCGUAGAAGAGGACCGUUGCCGCAGGAACACACCAAUUCCUGUACGACACAGAAGGUCCCGCUCUGCAGGGAGCAGAUGGGUAGAUCAUAAGCCUGCCUCUAAUGUGCAAACUGAGACAGUCAUGCAGCCACAUGUCCCUAACGCCAUCACAGUGUCUGUUGCAAAUGAAAAGGCACUAGCUAAGUGUGAGAAGUACAUGCUGACCCACCAGGAACUAGCCUCCGAUGGGGAGAUUCAGACUAAAGUAAUUAAGGGUGAUGUUUAUAAAACCAGAGGUGGAGGGCAAUCUGUUCAGUUUACUGAUAUUGAGACUUUAAAGCAAGAGUCGCCUACUGGUAGUCGAAAGCGAAGAUCGUCUACAAUAGCACCUGCCCAACCAGAUGGUACAGAGUCUGAAUGGACCGAUGUAGAAACAAGGUGUUCCGUUGCUGUUGAGAUGAGAGCAGGAUCUCAGCUGGGACCCGGAUAUCAGCACCAUGCACAACCCAAGCGCAAGAAGCCUUGACCUGACAGCUCUGGUAGCAGAAGAAUACUUUUGUUUGUGUUGGUGAUUUCUCCAAAGCUAUGCCAUGUGCGGUGUUGCAGUCAUCCUGCAGAAGAAUGUAUCUAGAUCAUAUUGUAUUUUUUGUGACUUUUUCAACUGUUCUGAAUAUUUUCUAAGAUUUUAUAAAAAAAAAACAAAAAUGCUGCUAUUGAU